AUGAUCUUGAUUUAUUACGUAUAUCUUAGCUUCCUCUUGUUUGGGAGUGUGCUUGGGAGGACGGCACUCACCGAGAAUGACGGUGACGAGGCCGUGUGUGAAUUAAUCAAACAAUUGAAUGGAGUGCCGUGGGAUGCUGUUGAUUCUAUGAAGGUGCAUGUGCGCCGAAACGCCACUGUGGCGUCACAAAGCGGGGCAAUAGCGGAGAUGGAAGUACGAAAGGCCUACGCCGCCGUGCUGCGGGCGGCUUCCUCACAGUCAGCUGAAGCUAUUGAAGUUGUUUUGGCCGCGUUUAACAAAGUAAGAACUGCAAUCGUUCUGUGUAACGAAGAAAUCCAAAGGGUCCGAGGACUGUGGUCGCAGUUCAAGGAUGCCGCAGUGCGUGUUGUGCAGUGCGCUGAGGUGGCGAACGGGUAUCUCAAGCACUUAGUGGAUGAUGCGGAGGUUUCGUUUAGGCAGCACGUCACUGACAAAUGUAACAAGAGGGAGAGAAAGAACGUCACAGCAGACUCGCUGAAUGACGCCAUGCAACGGGCGCUACCGUUUGUGAAAGACCCGACCAUACGGGCGAACCUCACCGAGACUGAGAAAUUAUUACGGGAGUUGGAGGGUAUUGUCGGCGCCGCGAGUGAGGCCCGCCAGGGAGCAGCGCAGCAGGUACCGAUGGCAGUGGCGGCGGGAAAUGAAGCGGCUAAGGUUGCCAUUUCGGGGUUACAACCUCCACCUGGGCCAAAACCAGGACCAGAACCCGGCCCUACGCCACCACCGCCCCCGGUCCCACCGGAAAGGAAUGAGAAACCCUUCUACAUUAUUCUCUUAAGUUCCAUAGUGUUGAUGGUCAUUGUGUUGUUUGUUCUGGGGUCAAUGGCGUUGAGGCAGUUUUGUAGGACAAUAUGCUACCACAAACGUAUUGCAUCGGGUUUCAGUGAGCGGGAGCUUCAAGCUUUCGCGGACUCUUGA